AUGGCAAAUAUGCAGAGUGGCAGCAAAAUUUUGAUUGCAGGGGGCGGUAUAGGUGGAUUAGCCACUGCACUUACUCUUCAUAGACUAGGAUUGAAAAGUAUAACCGUGCUGGAACAGGCAAGCUCAUUGCGAGCGACAGGUGCCUGCCUCACAAUUUGGGAAAACGGCUGGAAAUCACUUGAUGCUCUGGGCGUGGGAGACACUCUUCGCCGCGAUCACACCCGAAUACAGAGAAUCGACACGAUCUCCACAACCAGGGGCCUCACCAAGUCUUUCGAUCCACACCAGCAUGAAGUGCGCUGCGUGCAACGGAAGAAGCUUCUGGAAGCCCUAGCUCAAGCAGUGCCAUCAAAUACCAUUCGAUUUAGCUCUAAAAUUUCUGCAAUUCACCCAAGGCAAGACAAUUCAAGCAUCGUUACACUCGAAGAUGGAAGCCAAAUUUCGCCAAAGGUGGUUAUAGGGUGCGACGGAGUUAAUUCGACCGUGGCCAAGUGGCUAGGGUUUGGAUCUCCAAAUUUGGCGGGUCGCUCUUCAUUUCUAGGGUUAGGGUCUUUUCCGCAAGGCCACCAUUUUGAGGCGAAAUUUGUCCAGAUGUGGGGAAACGGAAUGGUGGCCGCUUUUGCUCCCUGCAAUGAGAGGGAUGUUUACUGGUACUUGUCUCGGAAGAGCCUUCCUCGAGAUGCGGAAAUCUCGUACAAUGCGGUCAUUCUUCAAGAAGAAGCACAACAUUUAGCAGAAGAUUUUGGAAACAAAGAAAUAAUGGAGGUGAUACAGAGAUCGAUUCCUAGCAGUUUAAGCCUGGCAAUUUUGAAACACCGCUAUCUUUGGCCGUUUACAGCAGGAAAAGCGCAGAAAGGCAGUGUGACCGUGGUGGGAGAUGCGAUGCAUCCGAUGACUCCUGAUUUGGUGCAGGGCAAGGCUCUGGCUCUGGAGGACUCGAUCACUUUGGGGAGGUUUUUAGCAGAAGUGGAUUUAGAGAAACCAGCUGAAAUUGAGGUGGCGUUGAAGAAAUAUGUGGACAAGAGGAAAGGGAGGGCUUUUGGAAUUGGGGUGGGAUCCAGCGUUUCGGGAAUUAUGCAGAGUGGAAGUUGGUGGUUGCCGAAGCUUAUUCGGGAUAAAGUUGUGAUGAAUACAAUUUCGCCCAAGAUGCUUCGCUAUGCAGAGUAUGACUGUGGAACUCUUCGAAACGUUUCUUAA